AUGGUAAUAACAACAAUAACAAUCCCUCUGUUUCUAGUGACCACACUAGCAGCAAAAGCAAGUGCACUCCUUCAGUCUCUAAUGACCCGAAACCAGCAGAUGAAGUCAAAGCCUCGUCUACGGAAGAACCAGACAACAAAAAUGUUCCUGGACGCGACAGUAUUUUGGAACAAGAGACCAAAGAAAGCGACAAGACUUUGGAUGAGCAAGAGAUCGAAGAAAGCGACAAUGGCAACAGUAAAAGUAACAGUGAGUCCAUGGAAGGAGCUGCUGAUGCGGUUGCACCGUCAGGAAAUGAUGAAGAACAGUCUGAACAGAUGA